CGCCUCCCGCCUGCCCACGCGGGGCGGCUCCGGGCGGCGGGUGACCGGGCCGGGCGGCGGCGGCGGCGGCAGGAUGGGGCUGGAGCUGUACCUGGACUUGCUCUCGCAGCCCUGCCGCUCCAUCUACAUUUUCGCCCGCAGCAACAACAUCCCCUUCGAGUUCAAGCAGGUGGAGCUCUUCAAAGACUCGGUGCUGGGGAAGAAGCCGGCGGCGGGGAGCGGCGCGGAGCAGCCCCGCACAGGGCCAUCAAACAGUGAAGGAGCUAGCAAAGUCAGCCUCUUGAAGAAAGUACCAGCACUAAAGGACGGAGACUUCACCCUAGCAGAAUGCACUGCCAUUCUGCUGUAUCUGAGUCGAAAGUACAAAACUCCCGACCACUGGUACCCAUCAGACAUACAAAAACGGGCCCAGGUAGAUGAAUACCUCUCAUGGCAUCAUGCUAACAUCCGGGCUAAUGCUCCUAAGACCAUGUGGAUCAAGGUGCUGAUUCCCCUCUUCACAGGGCAGCCACUGCCCUCUGAGAAGCUCCAGGAGGUUAUGGAGGGGCUGUCCACUUCCCUGAAGCAAUUUGAGGAGAGGUUUCUGCAGGACAAGGCUUUUAUCAUCGGGAGCGAGAUCUCUCUGGCAGACCUUGUGGCCAUUGUGGAGCUGAUGCAACCUGUUGGAGUUGGUUGUGACAUCUUUGAAGACAGACCUAGGCUGAUGGAGUGGCGCAGGCGGGUGGAGGAUGCUGUGGGGAAGGAGCUUUUCUUCCAAGCCCAUGAGAUGAUCCUCAAUAUCAAAGAACUGAGCAACAUUCAAAUUGAUCCACAGCUGAAAGAGCAUCUGGCACCUAUGUUGAUGAAGAUGUUGAAAUGAAUUAACCUAUCUUACAUUUUUCCUGCCCUUUUUUUUUAAUUUCUUCUCUGACCUCCAGUUCUACGUGUAACUGGAAAGAGCACUGUAAUUCUAACACAGAAAUUGCAAAAUUGCAGGGUGUUUCCCCCCCCACCCCCCUGCCAGGCCUUUCCUGUAUCUUUGGGGGUGGUAGCUGGGGAAGGUUUAAGACCUGAAACAUUAAUUUUAUACAGAAGGCUGAGGCCCUACAGGUCACUUAACAUGUGCAUCUGGGUUUUAUUUCAGCGUCAGUCUUCUCAGAGAUGGUAGAGACACGAAUGGUAUUUCCUGACAAAAUUGGAGCCAGCCUACAAACUGGGAACAUUAAGAGAACUGUAUAGGAUGAGGAUCAUUGUUUUCAUGUGUUUUUAACAUUUGCAGCUCCUUCUCAAGUGACAAGCACUGCAAAAUGUGCCUGAUCCUCAUUUUCCCAGCACAUGUCUGCAUAGACAAGUACAGCACAAAACUACAGGCAGUCUCAAAAGUGAAAAAAAGACACUGAAUUUUUAGUUUUUCUUUUAAAUUUCUUAUUGCUGAGGUAUCUUGCUUGGCUGUCAAUGUACAUUCCACACUUCUUCUAUUUGCCUUUAGGUUCCUGUGAAAAGUUUCUUCAUAUUCAUCUACAACUGUGAAUCUUCGUAAUUCUUCAGUCUAACCACUACUCUCAAUUUCUGAAAGCCUGGGUUUCGUUGGUGCUCAGUCUGCCAGUACACAUAUGGCAGGAGCUGAUCUUGGAGAUUCAUGCGGUAAAGACCAAGCAACUUCAAAAAGCUGAGGGUGGCCACAGCCUUCGAAUAACUGCCUACCUACUCUGUUGAUGUUAUAUAGGGAAUACACUGAAAGAAUGCAUUCACAGUGAUUUCUUGAAAGAGAAUAUAACAGCAAUCAAAUUGGGUUUUUUUGUAAUAGCAAUCCACAUUUCUCCUAGAAAAUGCAGAGGGGGAAUAAAUCUAGAUGUGCUUUUCUGAGACUGUUUUGGAUGGAAGUUCACCAAGUAAGUCACCCUGUGCAGCUGAAGUAAUAAGAGAGAUUUUGUGCAUUGAGCAACAUAUGCAUCACAAUAAAAGGGCAAGAGUUGUUUUGGA